CCAGGCCCAGCAAGUAACAGACACGACUCAUCCUUGCAGCGAGCGUUCUGUCUUCUCAGCAGAGGCCGGACCAAAAUCAAAGCAUGGCAGCAGCUCUCGCGGCGCUCGCCGGCGCCAUGGCCGUGCUCGCAGUACUGUGCUGUUCAGCCGCGGCGAGCAAGCAGGGGCAGGGCCCGGUGACGUACGUGUUCGGCGACUCGAUGUCGGACGUGGGGAACAACAACUACUUCCAGCUCUCCCUCGCCAAGUCCAACUACCCCUGGUACGGCAUCGACUACCCCACCGGCCUCGCCACCGGCCGCUUCACCAACGGCAGAACCAUCGGAGACUACAUGGCGGACAAGUUUGGCGUCGCAUCCCCGCCGCCGUUCCUGUCGCUGACGUCGAUGGCCGCUGCCGUUGAUGACGAUGGCAUCCUCGGCGGCGUCAACUUCGCGUCCGGUGGCGCCGGCAUUCUGAACGAGACCGGCGUCUACUUCGUGGAGUACUUCUCGUUCGACGAGCAGAUAUCUUGCUUCGAGGCGGUGAAGAGGGCGAUGGUGGCCAAGAUCGGGCAGGAGGCCGCCGAGGAGGCAGUCAACGCGGCAAUCUUCCAAAUUGGACUCGGGAGCAACGACUACAUCAACAACUUCCUGCAGCCGUUCAUGGCGGACGGCACGACGUACACCCACGACCAGUUCAUCCGCCUCCUCGUCGCCACCCUCGACCGCCAGCUCAAGCGGCUGUACGGGCUGGGGGCGCGGAACGUGGCGUUCAACGGGCUGCCCCCGCUGGGCUGCAUCCCGGCGCAGCGGGUCCUGUCGCCCACGGGGGAGUGCCUGGCGCACGUGAACCGCUACGCCGCCAGGUUCAACGCCGCCGCCAAGAAGCUGCUCGACGGAAUGAACGCCAGGCUGCCCGGCGCCCGGAUGGCGCUCGCCGACUGCUACUCCGUCGUCAUGGACCUCAUCGAGCACCCGCAGAAACACGGGUUCACGACGUCGGACACGUCGUGCUGCGGGGUGGACAGCAAGGUGGGGGGCCUGUGCCUGCCGGACUCCAAGCCCUGCAGCGCCCGCGACGCCUUCGUGUUCUGGGACGCCUACCACACCUCCGACGCCGCCAACAGGGUCAUCGCCGACCGCCUCUGGGCCGACAUGCACUUGGCCGCCCCGGGCCCCGCUCCUCGAGCCACUGCGCCUGGGCCUGGCCCAGCCACCACGCCGGCGCCAGGACCGGCUCCGGGACCGGCUCGGGCGUAACGUACGUAUAUAGCUAGCCGCGCGCGUCACACGGUGCCGAAUGCCGCCCCACGGUGAUGAUGUAUGUAUUUGAUGUGUUUGCUGCUCCCCAUGACUCAAUUUUUAACUGGUUUUAGUUCAAAGCCGUGUCGAUCUUUAUGGAACGGAGGGAACAGAAGAAGUCGAUCAAGUUCGCACAGUUUGGUUUUGGGGAGGAGUGCUCGGUUUGUGAACAGUAGGAUCGAGGUGAAAUGCCGCAUUGCAAAUUUUCGAACUUUUCUUAACUUAUACAACAUUAAGACUUUCUUAAAGUAAGAGUGCUCUGUGAGUAUUUAUUUUAUAGUGAACGGAAGGAACUGCAUAUCAACUCAUUUACAUUUACUUGGGCUUGUAUUUUCA